AUGGAGACUCCUCAAAUCGAGAUGGGCGGUUUCAAGGUCAACAGCCCGCAAGUGCCCAACGGUGGGUUGCGGCCCACCGUGUCUUCUUCCUGGAACUCGCGAGGGACGGUCGAGAGGGCGCUCAAGAGCAUCAGGAUCGUCGUCUUCACUUCCAAGCUCAACUUGCUCAUGCCCUUCGGGCCUGCGUCCAUCAUUCUCCACUUCACGACUAGGAGGCAUGGAUUGGUUUUCCUUUUCAGCAUGCUAGGAAUAACACCUUUAGCAGAGCGAUUGGGAUAUGCGACUGAGCAGCUUGCAAUAUACACUGGUCCAACAGUUGGUGGCCUUCUGAAUGCUACAUUUGGAAACGCAACUGAAAUGAUCAUUGCAAUAUAUGCUUUGAAAAAUGGAAUGAUCCGAGUAGUGCAGCAGUCACUAUUGGGUUCCAUUUUGUCAAAUAUGCUGUUGGUUUUGGGCUGUGCUUUCUUUGCUGGUGGUAUUGUUCAUCGCAACAAAGACCAAGUCUUCAGUAAGGCAACUGCAGUUGUCAACUCAGGUUUACUGUUGAUGGCUGUCAUGGGAUUGAUGUUUCCUGCCGUUCUUCAUUUCACCCAUUCAGAAGUGCGGCAAGGAGCAUCAGAGGUUGCUCUUUCAAGGUUCAGUAGUUGUAUUAUGCUUGUGGCGUACGCAAGCUAUCUCUAUUUCCAAAUAAGUGGACGGAGCAACAUUUACAGUCCAAUAGGCAAUGAAGAGGCGCCUAAUGAGGAUACUGUGGAAGAAGAUGAAGAAGCUGAGAUUGGCAUGUGGGAGGCAGUAACAUGGCUUGCGGUGUUAACACUCUGGGUGUCUUUUCUUUCUGAGUACCUAGUUAACGCCAUUGAGGGAGCAUCUGAUUCAUUGAACCUUCCGGUGGCUUUUAUCAGUGUUAUUUUGCUUCCUAUUGUGGGUAAUGCAGCUGAGCAUGCAAGCGCAAUAAUGUUUGCCAUGAAAGAUAAACUUGACAUAACACUCGGUGUUGCAAUUGGUUCAUCAACACAGAUAUCAAUGUUUGUGAUUCCAUUUUGUGUUGUUAUUGGUUGGAUGAUGGGACAAAAGAUGGACUUGAAUUUUCAGCUAUUUGAGACAGCAACUCUCUUCAUAACAGUACUCGUGGUGGCAUUUAUGCUACAGGAUGGCACCGCGAACUACUUGAAAGGACUUAUGCUGAUCCUAUGUUAUCUAAUAGUUGCUGCCAGUUUCUUUGUUCAUGUUGAUCCACAAUCAAGUGAGUAUGAUUUUCAUAGUUAG